ACAAUAAAGGCUUUUAGGCCGGAGCUGAGAAUGCGAGCCAUGGGCGAUGAAUGAUGCCGCUGCGAGAGCGAAGUGUCCGGAGGUGACUCACCUGUGCGAACCGGUCGUGUGCCAAGCGCUCAAACGAGUCAUGCAGAAUAAAGUCCUCGCGUCCAAAGCAGUGCGUAAAGAAGCAGGAUACGGAUCCGGAAUGGAAGAGUAGCUGAUACAUACACCGGAUCCGUGCAUGCCAUGGGGAACUGCUGGGCUCAAUGUUUUGGGCUCUUUAGACGGGAAGCAAACAGGAUACAAAGAGGAGGAGGGUCAAAGUACUUCAGAAGCAGCACAGCUGGGGAGCACUAUACCAUUGAGUUUGAGAACCUUGUGGAGAGCGAUGAGGGUGAGAGUUCACAAAGCUGCCCCAGACCCGUCAGUGAAGAGGAGAUUAAUCACUUGAAGGAGCAAUGCUACACUGCCAUCUCAGACAAACAGGUGCUGAUUGACGAGAAGCUGAAUGCAGAGUUAGUGGCAGAAGAGGAGAAGUUAAGGCUAGAAGAGGAGGCUGUUUUUGCAGCUCAGCGCGAGGCAGCGCGGCUCGCUAAGGAACGAAAGCUAAAGGAGGGAAAGCAGCAGCAGCGGCUGCAGAGGACCAAACCCAGAUCAGAACCAGAGAGCAAUGACCCUCGGCACAAACCCAAAGCAAAUGCAGAGUUUGAGGUGUACCUGCAGAGUGUGAAGGCUAAAUCUGAAGCGUUUCGCAGUAACAGACUCAGCUCUGAGACGAAUGUGGUGACCCCGAACACGGAGAGCAGCUGGGACUUCACCAGUAAGACUGAUGCCACCUCACUGGACCUGGAGUGGGAGGAUGAGGAGGGAAUGAAUCAGAUGGGUCCUGCAUGGGAGCGUUCCAAAACGGAGGAGGACAUUUUACGCGCGGCCCUUCGCCCCGGCGGGAAACAGCUGGACAGCGGCCCCACCUCCACCUCUGAGGACUCCAACGCUCUGGAGUGGGAGAACGACUUUGUCAACGCACAUCCAGAGGGCAGCGGUGACCACGGUGAUGAAGACUUUGAGGGAUUUGUUAAUCCAGUACUGGACACACCCACUGAGGAGGCGGGGCAAAAGGCCAGCUCUGACCAACAGGAGAGAUAGUUUACAGCAAGAGACAGUGAGACUGCAGCAACUUCAAAUGCCUCAUUCAGAUGCAGUGUAAUAUGACCACAGACGGUCCAGUUAACCUAAUGUAGAAAACUAAAUUCAUAAUUCAUAACAAGGAAAAUAAGUGCUUCAUAUGAUUUCUACUUUGUCAUGGGUUCAUGAAUAUUUCAUGACGUUCACAUGGGUGUGAAUGUCAUGAAAAUCUGGUCAUGACUGA